AUGAGCUCGCAGCCAUCAUACCUCAUCAUCGGGGCUGGAGUCUUCGGCGUCUCCACUGCCUAUCACUUGAUCAAGAACGACCCCGAAGCACAUAUACAACUAAUUGACCGAACACAAUACCCCUGCCCACUUGCCGCAUCCUGGGACUGGAACAAAGUUAUCCGCGCAGACUAUGGCGACAUGUUUUACAUGGAACUGGCGUUGGAAGCCAUACAGUUUUGGCGACAUGACCCACUCUUCAGCCAGUUCUACCACCAGAGCGGUUUAAUCAAUAUCGAUAAUACCGACCUGGGCAAAAAGAUUUUGGAGAAUUAUGAGAAGCUUGGAGUGAAGGUUGAUGCGGAGAUGCUGAGCCCAGAACGUGUCAAGGCGAUGUAUGGUUCUUUCUACGAUAACACCGAUUUCUCCGAGGUUGGCGAAGUAUUCGUGAACAGAGACAGCGGGUGGGCCGAAGCCACCAAGGCUUUAACUGCUUACGCUGACGCCGCGAUCGAGGCAGGAGUCAAUUAUACCGCAGCUGACAUCGAUGUAUUGACUUUCGGUACUGAUGGAGAAUGUACCGGAGUUCUAACAAAAGGUGGUGAAAAAAUCACAGCAGACCGCAUCAUCGUGGCGACCGGUGCAGGUACAGCCAAACUGAUCGCCGACAGCGCUCCGAAUAGAAGCGAGCUGCAAAUCGACGGGCGUCUGGUUGCCGGAGCAGUGGUCACUGGCAUCGUCAACCUCGACCCAAAGAAUGGGCAGCAGUAUACCGAGAUUCCAGUCACAGUACAUUCUGUCUUACCGACACGAGCGCCUUUGUCGAACCAAGAUUCAUAUACCGUCAAGUUCUGCAGAGACGAAGCCUACAAGAACACCGUCAAACACGAGGCAUCUGGACAAGAGUUCUCUUCUCCGCCAGAUGAGCCAGGCCAGGCUCAGAAGGAACCAAACGAAGCACUCAAAAAACGACUCGAACUUGUGAAGAAUGGCAUACUGGGUGAAGCCGGAAAGACUGUCAAGUUUGAUGAGUACCGUGUUUGCUGGGAUGCAGUGACACCAAGCCAGGACUUCAUUAUCACGCCGCACCCGCAUUCUCAGAAUCUCUACCUCGUGACAGGCGGCUCUUUCCACGGAUGGAAGUUCAUGCCCACGAUCGGUCGCUACGUUGUGGAGAUGCUGGAUGGUACCCUAGAUCCCGCUCUUGCCAAACGAUGGGCGUGGAAUCGCGAGAACGAAGGCGGGGCGCACGCCCACCUACUCCCUACGAUUGAGCUACGAGACCUAUGA